GUCAGAGGAGACUUUGCAUUGACUUGUUGCUCACUCUCAAUUUCUUUCAUUCCACAAGUUUCAUCCCAUUCUAACCAAAAGAUUAUUUGGACAGCAGAUUUGCGAUUCUACCCUGAAUUUCUUGCUUCUUUUCUUCAAUACCUCCUUCAUUUCAAGCUCUAUUGCUGCACUAUCACCAUAUGUUAUUAGAGUUGGUAAAGUUAGGAGAGAGAUUGCUCCAUCAAAUUAUCUAGCUUCAAGCUAGGUCUUGAGAUCUUUGGCCUCUUCACUAUAUAUGGAACUUGGAAUCUCAUCAUUUUGGAAAGGGAUAUAAUCUUUUAUCUUCUUGACUCUCUUCAUCGGAUGAUAUUGAUGAAGCGAUUUGAUAUAUUAGUGAUCGACUCGUACUCUUGAGUUAUUAAUUUUUCAAAUCUUGGAUUUUCUUUAACUUGGUUGGUGCCUUCAGUCUCACUUCCAAUUCCAACAAAACAAACUUGCUCAUGAUAUGGAGCUUUUAGGGCCAAUCGUUGAAGUGAUGAAGUGGAUUGGGGAUCUAACAUGGAGAUACUUAAACAAUCACCGAAAACUUGAAGAAAAUGUGAAUGAUCUCAGAAGAAAACUGAAUGAUCUAAAUAUCCGAAAGCAAGAUAUAGAAUCAAGAAAGGAUGUUCAACUUCGUCGUAGGAAAGUGGUGAAGAAAGAAGUGGAGAAAUGGUUUGAAGAUGUACAAAGGAUGAAUGCCUUAAUGGAAAGGGUUGAACAAGAGUUACCUGUUGUGUCCUACUUGAGGCGUGCUGGCCUUGGAACACUUGUUCGCCAAGGUAUCGAAGAAGCACAGGAAAUUUAUAAACAAGGUUGUUUCCCUGAUGGUGUGGCCAUUGAUGGGCCUCCAGCAGUUGGGGUGACAUUCCAGAUAGUAGAUUUAGAAGGUGAAGCUGAUGUGAAAGAACAAAUUUGGGGAUGGUUGAGGGGCAAUGAGGUUGGAAUGGUUGGAGUUUGUGGAAUGGGUGGCGUAGGUAAAACUACCGUCAUGAAGCAUAUCAACAAUCAAAUAUUGAAAGAGAGUCAGUUUGAUCAAGUAAUUUGGGUGAAUGUAUCAAAAGAGUUCAAUCUUGUCAAGUUACAAGAAGAUAUUGCAUGUGCUCUGGAUUAUCAUCUUCCUAAAAAUGAAUUGGAAUGGCCAACUGCAUUGAUGAACAUCUUGGAGACGAAGAGAUUUGUGAUGAUCUUAGAUGAUGUUUGGGAAAGAUUUUCUCUGUUGAAUGUGGGAAUCCCAAAUCCAACAUCAACUAAUGGGAACAAAUUGGUGAUCACUAGUAGAUCAUUUGAGGUUUGCAAAUCUAUGGGUUGUGAGGUGCUCAAAGUGCAACCUCUUUCAGAGGAGGAGUCCUUCAACUUAUUCUUAAAACAUGUAGGGCAUAACAAUGUUCUACAAGUUCCAAAUUUAGAAGAAACUGUAAAGCAAAUAGUUCAGCAGUGUGGUGGUUUACCACUUGCCAUUGUGACAAUAGCUGGAUGCAUGAAAGGAGUAGAUGACGAUCGCGAGUGGAGGAAUGUGCUAAAUGAAUUACGCAAAAGGGUUAAAAGUGUAAAAGGAAUGGAUGUUAAAAUAUUCGAGUGUUUGAAGUUCAGUUAUGAUCGUUUGAGAGACUUAAAAAUGCAAAAUUGUUUCUUAUACUGCUCCUUGUAUCCUGAAGAUUAUUCAAUUAAAAGGAAGGAGUUAAUGGAAAAAUGGAUCGAUGAAGGACUUAUCGAUGAAUUUGAGACUAGACAAGCAAUGUAUUAUAGAGGCCAUAGCAUUUUAAAGAAGCUUGAAAAUAAUUGUUUGUUAGAGAGGGGUAACAAUGAGGAUGAAGUUAAGAUGCAUGAUGUUUUAAGGGACAUGGGGUUAUUCAUUAUUAAAAGUGUUGGCCAUCAAUUCAUGGUUAAAGCUGGUAUGCAAUUGAAGAAACUACCAGGUGAACAUGAAUGGAAAGGAAAUCUUGAAAAGGUAUCCUUGAUGGAUAACAAAAUAUCUGCAAUUCCUGCUCAUAUAUCACCCAAAUGCCAUAAUUUGUCAACCCUGCUAUUGCAAGAAAACUACACAUUGGAAAGGAUUUCAGAAUCUUUCUUUGAGCACAUGCUUGGGCUAAAAGUCCUCGAUCUGUCUAAUACCGGUAUUCUUGAUCUGCCCAAUUCUGUAUCUAACUUGGAAAAUCUUGUUGCACUGGUACUUCGAAAUUGUGACAAGUUAAGACAUGUAUGUUCAUUAGCAAAGCUUAGAAAAUUGAGAAAGUUGGAUCUUUUUAACACAGAUAUUAAUGAGGUCCCUCAGGGUAUAGAAACAUUAGCCAACCUUACCUAUCUUUGUUUAUAUUCAAAUGAUCUAACAGAGCUACCAAUGGGAAUAUUACCAAUGUUUUCUCAUCUCCAAUACUUGGCAACCAUAUUGUUGAAUAUUCAAGGAGAAGAAGUAGCAAAAUUGAAUGAGCUUGAGAUUCUUUCUGGAUUAUUUUUUGAGUUGCAAGACUUUGAGAAAUAUGCCAAGUCUAUAUUUGGUCAAUGGCCUAACCAUUACCGGCUUGCUGUGGGAUCAACUAGUUUAGACUACUCUGACUAUGAUCAUUGGUUCCCGUCUUUCGAAAAUCCUGAACUGUAUGAAGAGUUAUGCUUUAUUAAUUGCCAGAUAGGGAGAGAAAAUCGUCUACUGCUCCCAAAUAACCUCAGCACUUUAAGUAUUGAGGAAUGCCAUGAAUUCAAAAGCUUAAGCACUCUUUGUUCACUGCAUGAAGUUAAUGAGCUGAAGACAUGUUCUAUUUGGCAGUGCGAAGGGAUAGAGUGUGUGAUUGAUUUGUCAUUAUCAUCUUGCAACUCACUUCCAAAAAUCGAGAGGCUAAGCUUGGGGGAUUUGUGCAACUUGAGUGAACUUGUGAGAGUAGAAGUUGCAGUUAUAUCUACAUCUCAUGCUCAAACACAGCCUGCCAUGUUCUCUUCUCUUAAAACAUUAUGCUUGUGGAGCUGUUCCAGUAUGAAGAACUUGUUUUCACUUGAGUUGUUGCAAGGCCUUCAAAACUUGGAGCAUAUCCAAGUUGUUAACUGUAAAGCAAUGGAGAAGAUAGUAGCAUCAGAAGAAACUCAUCAAGGAGAAGGAGAGGGUGCCACCACCAACAUAGCAACAUCUGUUCUUCCCAAAUUAAGGGAAUUGUCCUUGCAGUACUUGCCAGAAUUAAAGAUCAUUUGUAAUGGUGGAGUUAUGAUUUCUGCAAAUUGUCUGGAACAUCUGUCAAUAAUGGAUUGUUCAAUGCUGAAGAAAAUCCCAUUAUCUCUUCCCAUGCUUGAUAAUGGACAACCAUGUGCUCCUCCCUCCCUCGGACGGAUCACUAUAGGCUCAAGAGAAUGGUGGGAAUCAGUAGAAUGGGAUGAUGCUAAUGCUAAGGAUGUCCUUUCACCCUCUGUUUGUUUUGAAUAGAAUGGGGGUAGAAAAGGAGCUGUUUGAUUCAAAGUGCCUCAGCAUCUCAAUGACUGGUACAUUUGUAGAUUGGCAAGAAAUUGUUGUGAAGAGGCAUUUCAAAUUUCGAGGAGUUUUAGAUUCAGAAAUGAAGUGAAAUUGAUUGUUGCCUUGGAGGGUAUAAGAAAAUGUAACUCAAAAAGUUGAUGCAUGCUUACAAAGCUAGGAUUUCUUCGUAUUUGAUCUGGAUCACUGACAAUACAUAUCAUGUAGUAGGUUUUCUAUAUUUUAUCAUUUUUUUCUAUUUUAAUUAUUAUUUAUAUUU